AUGUCUAAUCUCCAAUUCUUAAGUUUCCGUGGUUAUGGCGGCAAUACAUUGCAAGUAUCGAGAGCUCUAAACUAUCUAUCUCGUAAACUCCGAUUGCUACAUUGGAGUCGUUUUCCAAUGACAUGUUUGCCUUCUACUGUGAACUUGGAGUUCCUUGUCGAACUAAUCAUGUGUGAAAGCAAGCUUGAGAAGUUGUGGGAAGGGGUUAAACCGCUUCCAAGUCUAAAGUGGAUGUAUUUGAGUCGUUCUGUAAACUUGAAGGAGCUUCCAGACCUCUCAACUGCCACUAACCUUGAGGAAUUGAAUCUUCACGAUUGCUCGAGUCUCAUCAAACUCCCGUCCUUUGAUAGAAAUGCCACUAGAAUCAAGAUAUUAGAUAUGGGUGGAUGCUCAAGUCUUGUGGAGUUUCCGUCCUUUAUCGGGAAUGCCGUGUACAAGACUGGUGGGGGUCCAUUGACUAUUAAGUUGAAUGAAAGGCCUCUUACUACAUCCAUGCGAUUUAAGGCUUGCAUCUUGCUGGUUUAUAAAGGUGACGAUGACGCUUGCUAUAAAGAGAACUCGACGGAAGUGGAUCUUACGUAUGGAAAUGGCAUGUAUGGUCAUGCUAUAUUCUCGCCUUUACCAGAGCAUCUGUACAUAUUCACAGUCAAACCGGAUGUGAUUUCCAGCGAGCAUCUCUUUGAGUUUAAGCUGGAAAGCGAUAACAUGUGGGAGAUAGGAGAAUGGGGGAUAGUCCAACUCUCGGAGCCUCUUCCUACAUCCAUGCGAUUUAAGGCUUGCAUCUUGCUGGUUUAUAAAGGUGACGAUGAGGAUGACGCUUGCUAUAAAGACAACUCUACGGGAUUGAAUGUUAUGUAUAGAAAGGGCAUGUAUGCUCAUACUAUAUAUUCGCCUUUACCAGAGCAUCUGUACAUAUUCACAGUCAAACCGGACGUGACUUCCAGCGAGCUUCUCUUUGAGUUCAAGCUGGAAAGCGAUGACAUGUGGGAGAUAGGAGACUGGGGGAUAGUCCAACUCUCGGAGGCCCCUUAUGAGGAUGCACUCGCCAAGUGGUUUGCGACUCGAAGCUGA